AUGAUGUCUUCUCUACGCCCAGAUCUCACCACCAAAAUCUACCCCUACACGGAGGAGGAACCACUCGACCUUUUCGACCAUCUACCGGACUCUCUCCUCCUCUUGGUCUUCAACAAGAUCGGUGAUGUCAAGGCUUUAGGUCGUUGUUGCGUUGUUUCCAAGCGAUUUCAUACCCUUGUUCCUCAGGUCGAAAACGUUGUUGUUCGUGUCGACUGUGUUAUCUCUGACGACGAUGCCACCUCCGCCUCCGGUGCCUCCGAUAAAUCUCGUGGACCCUUUUCCAGUCUUGUUCGUCUCGUAUUUGGUGGAAUCGUUAAGCCCAUCCAAGCUCUUGGAAACUUUUUGGGUCCCAAGAGAUCUUCAUCCUCCUUAUCUGUCGGUAACAACGUUGAUGCUGAUGAUGAUCUUGAACAUGGAGGUGGAGUUACGCACCAUUCUCCCACUCAAGUUCUCAAAAACUUCGAAGAGAUUCGUUUCCUUAAAAUCGAGCUUCCAAGCGGCGAAUUAGGUAUCGAAGACGAUGUACUGUUGAAAUGGAGGGCGGAUUUCGGAUCCACCCUUGAUAAUUGCGUCAUGCUCGGCGCAUCCUCCGUGAUUCAUCCCACCCAGAAUUUUACAUCUAGUGAAACCAAUUGCGAUCGAGUAUGUGGAGCUGGGGCUGUGACUGAAGAUAAUGGAAGCAUACCGGAAUCGUUUUACACCAAUGGUGGAUUGAAAUUAAGGGUAGUAUGGACGAUAAGCUCACUGAUCGCAGCAUCAGCAAGGCACUACUUGCUUCAACCUAUAAUCGCAGAGCAUAAGACAUUAGAUUCCUUGGUUUUGACAGAUGCAGAUAGACAAGGUGUCUUGUGUAUGAACAAGGAACAGUUAGAGGAACUGAGGGUGAAGCCAUUAUCAGCUUCUUCAGCUUCAAAAAGAACCCUAGUCCCAGCUUUGAAUAUGAAGCUUUGGUAUGCUCCAUUUCUGGAACUACCUAAUGGGACUGUGCUCAAAGGGGCUACAUUAGUAGCAAUUAGGCCUAAUGAAUUCCUUCUGAGCUUUCAUGGCUGCAUAAAAGGCGAUAAACUUUAUGAUUCAAGGCACAGGAAAAACAAAACACACAAUUUUGUUCACAGCAUGUAUAUGAGGUUGGAUGGUGCAAAAUGUUACUUAUCUUCAAUGGUGCUUCAAUGGUGUAUGGUUGAUGAGGGUAUGAAACAAUACUAG